AUGUCUUCAUCAAAGCUCCCGGAAGACUUUCUCUGGGGUUUUGCAACUGCGAGCUACCAAAUCGAGGGCGGUGCUCAUGAGGGAGGCCGUGGAGAUUCAAUCUGGGACACAUUUUGCCAGGUUCCGGGCAAUAUCGCUGAUGGAUCAAACGGCGAUAUAGCCUGUGACUCCUACCACCGAUGGAAAGAAGAUAUUGAAUUGCUAAAAUCGCUUGGGGUCAACGCAUACAGAUUCAGCAUUUCGUGGUCCAGAGUCAUCCCACUCGGCGGACGGAACGAUCCCAUCAAUCAGGAGGGACUGCGUUUUUACCAAGACGUAUUGGAUGAGUUGGUCAAAUCUGGCAUUACCCCAUUGGUUACUCUCUUUCACUGGGACUUACCGCAAGCAUUGUAUGAUCGAUACGGUGGAUUUCUCAACCAGGAGGAGUAUGUGCAAGACUUUGUCCACUUCGCCGAGGUAGUCUUCGAGGCCUUGGGUUCAAAGGUCCGUCAUUGGAUUACGUACAAUGAACCAUGGUGCAGUUCCAUCUUGGGCUACAGUAUCGGCCAGUUUGCACCAGGGCAUACCAGUGACCGCAGCAAGAGCAAAGUGGGAGACACCUCUACUGAACCAUGGAAGGUCGGCCAUACCGUCCUUGUGGCUCAUGGCGCGGCAGUGAAACUCUAUCGACAGAAGUUCAAAGCGAAGCAACAAGGACAAAUUGGAAUAACCCUGGACUGGACGGAGCCUUGGGAUGCCAACGACCAAGCCGACAUUGAAGCAGCGGAACGCAAGCUUGAGUUCUCCAUUGGAUGGUUUGCAGAUCCCAUAUACCAAGGUGACUAUCCUCUCAGCAUGCGCAACCAACUCGGUGAUCGCUUGCCAAAAUUCACAGACAAGGAGCGAGAACUCGUGCAUGGCUCGAACGACUUUUAUGGCAUGAACCAUUACACUGCCGACUACAUCAAACAUCUUCCAGGCGCUGCGAAGCUGGACGAUUUCAGUGGCAAUGUGGAAAUCCUCAAGGCUAACAGAGAUGGAAUCAGUAUAGGUCCAGAGACGCAGAGUGCAUGGUUGCGGCCUCAUGCAGCUGGUUUUCGAAAGCUGCUGGGGUGGAUCUCAGCCAGGUGCGGGGGUCCCGUUAUAUACGUGACAGAAAAUGGAACAAGCGUAAAAGAUGAGAGCCUGCUAACGCCUGACAAAGCCGUCCACGACGAGUUCCGCUGUCAAUACUUCCGCGACUACAUCGACGCGCUUGUGCAAGCUCGUGGAGAAGAUGGUGUAGACGUCCGAGGCUACAUGGCAUGGAGCCUUUUAGACAACUUCGAGUGGGCGGAAGGAUACGAGACCAGGUUUGGCGUCGUGCAUGUGGACUUCGCGAAGAACCAAGAGCGUCGAGUCAAGGACAGUGCCAGGGUCGUGGCCGACGUCUUCAAAAGGCUGUGCGGGGUGUAG